CGACGCUAUAAAAUCCCACUCCGGGCUCUGGAGUGGAGAAACUCGGAGCCCAAGUCCGUGGAGAGACUGAAAAGAAAGAGAAGAGGGAAAGAAGAAGAGAGUGGGGAAAGAAGGGAGAAGGGAAGAAAACCCCUGAGAAAGCCCCGGACACGUUCCUCUGCAGAGAGGCGCAGCGCUCCGCUCACCUGCAGAAGCACCUCGGAAGCGCCCCUAACAUGCGGCUGCCGCUGCUCGUGUCCGCAGGCGUCCUGCUGGUGGCUCUCCUGCCCUGCCCGCCGUGCAGGGCCCUCCUUAGCCGGGGGCCCGUCCCGGGGGCCCGGCAGGCCUCGCAGCACCCCCAGCCCCUGGAUUUCUUCCAGCCUUCGUCGCAGCCUCAGCAGCCGCAGGCUCGGCCCGUCCUGCUCCGCAUGGGGGAGGAGUACUUCCUCCGCCUGGGUAGCCUCAAUAAGAGCCCCGCUGCUCCGCUCUCGCCCGCCUCCUCGCCUCCUGCCGGCAGCAGCGGCAGCCGCCUUUCGCCGGACGAGGUGGCGGCCAACUUUUUCCGCGCGUUGCUGCAGCAGCUGCCGCUGCCCCGGCGCCCGCUCGACAGCCCUGCGAGUCCGGUGGAACGCGGCGCCGAGAACGCCCUCGGCGGCCGCCAGGAGGCACCGGAGAGGGAGAGGCGAGCCGAGGAACCUCCCAUCUCCCUGGAUCUCACCUUCCACCUCCUCCGAGAAGUCUUGGAAAUGGCCAGGGCUGAGCAGUUAGCGCAGCAAGCUCACAGCAACAGGAAACUGAUGGAGAUUAUUGGGAAAUGAAACGGUGCGUUUGGCCAGAAAGAUUCUGCAUUUAACACAAAAAGUAAAAAUAAAAAAUAAUGCAGUAUUCUGUACCACAGCAUUGCUCUGAUACCAUUUGUUUAUUUUUAUAUAGCUUGAGACGUAGAGGAUGUACAGCGAGAGCGCCCAUACUC